AUCAAUUUGUUGUUAAUUAAUUUGUGCUUUUUAAAUUUUCUUUUAAUUGCAUAUUCUUUUUUUGGAACAAUUGUCAUUCGCUUAUACAAACCUUCAUCUCAUCUUUUAUUUGACCAGUGAGAGAGACAUUAUUGUUUCUACUUUGUUUUGAUUUGGUUGACUUUUUUUUUCUCUACAGAAAAUAAUUUUAAUUCUCUAAUUGCAUAUUUUCUGUGACUUAAUUAAUCAGUUUUUUCAUCUAAUUGUUUCCAGGGAUUGAUCAAGAUAACUGAUUGAUUGUUAUUUCUCUGAAAAUAUUAAGAGCUAAUUGACUAUUUAUUGAACAUUUAUCUCUUUGUGUUCUAGUCUUAACCUAUGUUAUAACCUUAAUCUUUCAACUGGACGACUAAUAUUGCGAUUUAAAUAGCAAAAUAUGAGCAAUUGUAAUCAAUUAGCCCAUGAAAUUGGGUUGUCUUUCUAUGAUAAAAAGCUUAAUCAAGCAUUGAGAACAAUUUAUGAAUGUGGUGUCAAAUUGGAAGCCAAAUUAGAAACAAUCUCUUCUGCAGCAAUUUAUUUCCACAGAUUCUUUUCCGUAUCAUCACCUGAGCUUUUUGAUCCCGUUCUUAUUGGUGCAACUUGUAUUUAUUUGGCUGGAAAAGUUGAAGAAGAUCAUAUUCACCUUCGUGAUCUAAUUAAUGUUUUCCAUUCAACUCUAAAUCGAGCUCAUAAAAUGAUUCCAUUGAAAUUUGACAACUACUAUUGGAACUUGCGAGAAUCAUUGGUUCAAUUGGAACUUUUAUUACUUCGAGUUCUUAAAUUUGAUGUUAACAAUCAACUUGCUCAUCAAUAUCUUGUUCAUUAUUUACGAUCGCUCACCGAAUGGAUUGGUAAAGAUUAUACUACAACCAUUUCAUUGGCUCAAACAUGUUGGUCACUUUUAAAUGAUUACUACAUGGAUCCAAAAUGUAUCAACUAUAGCGGUCAACAAAUCGCAAUUGCAGUCAUUCAAAUUGCCCUGGAAACUCAUUCAAUUCAAAUUCCAUAUGAAAAAGAAUCUCUUGUCGGCUGGAAAUUAGCACUUUACGAACAAGGAACUUUGGAAAAAACAAAUCAAAUAAUAAGCGAUAUUUUAACUCUUUACGAAAACGACGAUAAAGAAUAUUCAACAAGAGCAUUAACAUCCAUGGAAAAUUCAUCGAAUGUAGCAAAAUCUAAUUCGGAAGAUCUACUGGCCGCAUUUAGGAAAUAUACACCUUCAAAAUAAUUGAAUAUACGCCUAAAUGAACAGGACGAAGUUGAUUAAUGAAACAAUUUCCGACCCUAAUUCCAACACCUACAAGAAAAGCACAACCUUAUGGUUCCUAUUUUCGUAAACAUCUAAUAACAUAAUGUACCAGAAAAUUACAUGUCCAGACGAAUCCAAUCAACGUGUAAACCUGAAAA